AAGAACUUUGUUGAUUGAUGCUUCGGUAUUUAGUUUCGAAAUCUAAGUACGGUAGUACCAGAUAUUGGCGUACUUCCUCUUCACCACCUGACCCGGCAGCUACACUGCCUCCACUGGUUUUCGUAGUAAUGGCAAUUGCAAUUGAAGGAGUAGCCAAGAUUUGCCGUUGACCGUAUCUGCUGCCUCAGGAGUCUACUGUAAGAUUUCCUCAUAAAACAUGAUGAACGUCGCCUAUACGAGUCAUAUGAGCGAAUGUCAUCAAGAGUGCUGGUUUGCUGCUUUCAGUACGAUAUGAUAGAAGUCACAUUGACACAGGCAAUGUAUUAAGAUGAUAUCCAUCAGUUUUGUAGAGACGUUAUUCAGUAGACAGUGGUUUCUUAUUUUGCAAGUGGCAUUUGGGGACGAGUGAGAUCAGAAAAGCGUCGCUCUGACAUAGUUGAUGGUGCUAAUUUCUUCCGUCCAUUCUGCUACCGUCAGAACUUGGUGCCGAGAUCGUUUGACUAUAAGGGACAUUCGAGAAAGAAAACGCGUUUUAGAAAUCUGUGACUGGUAAUAUAAAAGAUGCUGUGGAUUCCUUCGAAGUUUGAUUCGGAUCACUGAUUGGAGGCUUUGCGUUUAAUUCGAAGGAAAUCGUUGACAGAGCAAAAAGGACAUUAGAACGUCGUUGGAAAAGUGGUAACGUGAAGUGAGAACAGUGGACACUGGAACUUCGAAGGAAAGGGAUAUCUUCGAGGAGUAGAGAUCGAUGGCUUUUCAAGGACGUUUUCUGGCUUCUUUCCUGCCUGUGAUUGUAGCGGGGAUAAUCGCCUACUGGUUGAAGCAGACGAACAAACAAAAGAUGGAUUACUUGAGAAUACCAUUCUGGUUGUCCAUUGCUGCCGCCACCUAUUGCCUGUACCGUUUAUUAAAGUGGUACUUCCUCUACAUCCGUCGUCUGACGACCAUGACUUCUGACCUCAACAACCCGCCAAAGCAUUGGCUGUUUGGAAACCUGAUUGACCAUCCUGGUGUCUGCGAGGAGCAACUUCAUUGGCUAUCAGGAUUCGCGGGCAAAUACGGCAACAUGUUUCGUCUGUUUCACGGAUUAGAGCCUCAGCUAUACCUCGCCCAUCCCGUGGUCGCUAAAGAACUUCUCCGUACCAGCGAGCCGAAGCCUCUUGGUAUCCCGGGGUACGCUGCUCUGAUGCCAUGGUUAGGCAUGGGGCUGCUUCUCCAAGGUGGAACCCAAUGGCUGCGAAAUCGCCGACUCCUCACCCCAGCAUUUCAUUUUGAAAUGUUGAAAAACUACCUCAAAGUGUUCAACUCCACAGCAAAGAUGCUUGUUGAACGUUGUGCUGAAGCUUCAAAUAGUGGAGACUCUGUCAACAUGUUUGAAAUAAGUGACCCUUUCACAUUGGAUACGUUGUUACGGUGCGCAUUUUCGUACAACGGUGAUCUCCAAAGACGGGGUUGCAGCCAUCCCGUUUUUCGGCUAACCGCGGAGGCGCUUGAUAUCGCUCUCAAGAGAUGUUUCAACCCAGUCUACUGGCCAGGCAUUGUGUUUUGGUUGUCGCCGCUUGGCAGACGAUACCGUGCGGUCUGCAAAGAAUACAAUGACUUCUCGCGUGGAAUUAUUUUGGACAGAAUGGGUGAAAUGGAAGAGGAGGAAAAUAAUAAAAAAUUGCCGAAACAAAACGAUUUCUUGAGUAUUCUUUUGAAAGCCAAGGACGAAGACGGGAAAGGUUUGAAAAACGAUGAGAUUCUUGCAGAGGUCAAUACGUUCUUGUUCGCCGGCCAUGACACCACCACUAGCGCCCUCUGCUGGACGUUAUACCAACUAGCCCUGGAACCUGAGCACCAAGAACAAUGUCGGAUGGAAAUAAACGAAAUUCUCAGACACCGAGACACCGACGACGUGAUGUGGAAUGACCUCACGAAAUUGAAAUAUGUCACAAUGUGUAUCAAAGAAUCCAUGAGGAUGCAUACAACAGUUCCAAUAAUCUCGCGCUUUGCAAGCAAGGAUCUGGAGGUCGAAGGUCAUGUCAUCCCAAAGGACAUGUUGAUUAAUAUAUUGCUGUUUCGGCUCCACAUGCACCCGGGCGUUUGGGGAGACCCGGAAGUCUACAGACCAGAUAGGUUCCUCCCGGACGAGGUGUCCAAACGCGAUACGUACGCGUUUGUCCCAUUUUCCGCAGGACCAAGGAAUUGCAUCGGACAGAAUUUCGCCCUGAAUGAGUUGCGCGUUGCGGUGUCGCGGAUUGUCAAGAACUUCAAGAUUGGAUUGGACAGGAGUCGACCAAUGAAAAGGAUGCCAAAAGCGGUUAUGAGGACUGAGAAUGGUCUAUGGUUGACGUUUAAAAGCUUAAAAGAAGAAUGAAGUUGAGCCCAAAAGGGCCAAGGACUGUUCCUCAAAAUCCUGGCAGCUAUGUUUUUGACAAGUUGGCAUGAGUCCCGGGUAUCUCCGAUAAUAACGACACGUUGAUCCAUGGUGCAGUGACUUUUGAAAUACAAUGUAUUGGUAUGAAUGCCGCCCGUUGAAAAAUAUAGGUGUCCUUGGUGUUUUGUUAACCCAAAGAAAUUCUUAGGGCAGCAAUAUACUAGUAUUAUGGUGUAUUUUAAAUUUUUCCCUUUGUUUUCUUGUCAUUGGAAGUUGUUUGGCAGAUUUUGCAGGAUGCACAGCGGACACCAUUUAGAGCACUCAACAACCCUCAUACCACUUUAACGAAACACCUCAAAUCACGUUAAAUGAUAGGCUUAAUAUGCAUGUUCUCAAUAUGAAAGUUCUGUAUCGUAUUCGUUUAUCGUACAUGUAUGUUAUAUCCGUGCAAAGCUAUGCCGAUUAAAUGUUUUAAACGUAAAGUAA